AUGGCGUCGACACCACGCCCGAGGCCGGGGCACUUCCCACAAACCCCAGCGAAUGGGCCCCGUGCGAACGGAAGCCGCGCGAACAACCCUCGUGACAGUACUGCCAGCCUCGAUAGUGGUAUCGGUGGCAGUGGUGGAAGCCGACGAGAAAAGAGAUAUUCUCUCCCGGACGCCCCCGAGGCGAACCCAGUACAACCCGCCAACCCCCCCGUGAUACCGGUCACGGUGAUCGAUGCCCCGACCCAAAGAUUCUACGCCGCGGCCGUCUAUGUUGCUCUCCUCUGCUGGAAGCUUUAUGAUUGGAUCCACGUAGUAGAGAACCACGAGGUGUCACUAGCCCUGCUCGUAAAAUGGAGCAUCAUCGACUUCAUAUAUUUGUUUGGCCUCCCCGAGAUGAGGAUACCAUGGCUGGAGCUCUCUCAACAGGCUGUCUUGAUCCUCUAUGCGGGUCACUUUAUCAUGAAUUACAUGUUGAUGUUCGACAUUCCCUUGCCUUUCCAAGGCUGGCUCUUGGCUGCAGGCAAAGCCUUCUUCGACAAGGAAAUGGCUCUCUCUGAGCAUACCGUUCGCGUGUCCAACAUUCUCCACAACGAGUCCCUCAUUAUGGGAAAGCAGAUCAUCAACAUUCUACCCGAGGGAUCCGCAGUCUUGAACCCAAAUGGUACGCCCUUCUGCAUCGGACCCGAUACCCCGUCUGCUCGACUCCCCAUCCGGUUCAACGGGACUAUGCCUGUCGAGAUUGAGCUUCUCCGUAUCGACUUGGAGACGUCGCAUCAGGAGGCCGUUAGGCUAUCGAAGCGAGAGGUGGCCAACAUCGUCAAGGAAAUGAAGAACCAGAUGUUGGAUUCCGGUUCAGAGGAGGCCGAGGGUUGGUACACCGUUAGGAAACCGGGAGUCUAUCGCCUUGGCCAGGUUCUGGACGAAUACAAGCUGGAGGUCCAACGCACAACUCGAGAUACCUACGUCGUCCCCUGUCCGAAGGCGAGCUUCCGCAACCCGGAUUCAUCCAAUCGGUGCAUUCGCGAUUUGUCCGAUCUCUACCUCGAUGUUGAAGGAACGGCCCCUCUUAAAAUCCUCUACGGACGAACCGUGAACGGCAUCGAUAACGGAUUCCACUUCCAGAGCCUACAACCCGAAGGUUUCACCUCGCCUCUAGUUUCGGCCCCGUCCGGAAUUAUUGCCACGGAUGCAGAUAUCGAUGAUAUCUCGUGGGUUCGACCGGCUAAGGUCCGCGUCCCUCUUAAUGAAUCGUUGACGACCGCGGGUGAUUGGCAGUACGUUAUCAACGAGGUCCAUGACGCAUUCGGAAAUGUCGUCAACUACACUCCAUCGCCCGAUGACCUUGAGCCUAAGCCACGUCCUAAGCAUCUGGUUCAGAACUUCUUCGUGAACGAGCGCCCUCGAGCUCGUCUUCAAGGUUGCGAUCUCCGAAACCCCCUAAAGGUCGCCAAGGGCCGCGCCACUAAACUACCUGUCAGCAUUGCGAUGGCCGGUCCGGCUAGGGACGAUACCGGCUAUUCAGUUGAAUGGCGUUUCACUCCGGUUGACAAGCUCACCGACAGUGGGGAUCACGGCGAACACCCAGAGUACGGCUCAUUCAAUGGAAAGAACUCCAAAGAGGCUCCCAAGAUUUCCCAACCUGGCUUGUACACCCUGACGACCGUGACGAGCAAGUACUGCCAAGGUGAAGUCGAGGAGCCAUCUUCCUGCAUGCUGUUGAAUCCUCUCGAACCCCAGCUAUCCAUCCGUGCUGAGGACAUCGCGGAUAAGUGCGCCGGCAAUUCCGUUGGUCUUCGAGUCGAUCUUGACCUCAUGGGUACUCCUCCUUUCGUGGUGAGAUACGACGUUAUCACGAGCACUGGUACAAAGCACGAGUUUGUUGAAAUCAAGGGUCUCCGACACCAACUUGAACUUCGACCAAAGGAGGCCGGCAAGCACAAGUAUGUGUUUAGGGCUAUUGAUGACGCCGUAUAUUCUGGCCAAAUCCUCUCUGGCGAGGGUAUGACGCUGGAGCAGGAUGUCAAGCCCGCCGCAUCUGCUACCAUCCUACACCCCUCGGGCUCAACGACCGCCUGUUUGGAUGACGAAGUUGACGUUGACAUUAUGCUUCUCGGAGACCCUCCGUUCAGUUUGGAGUGGGAGAUUGUUCACGACGGAAAGAAGAAGCCUCUCAAGGUUUCCGAUAUCAUGGAAUCUACCUACAGGAUCAAGACGGCGCCGUUCACCAAGGGUGGCGACUAUGUUCUUGCGCUCAAUAGCGUGCAGGAUAAGAGUGGCUGCCGCACUUUCCUGAAAGAUGAACUCAAGAUCUCAGUGAGGCGACAGAAGCCCCGCGCCGGCUUCGGUCUCAUCGAGAAUAAGCGCAGCGUUAUGGCCGUCGAGAACACCAAGCUUGAGCUACCCCUACGCCUCCAGGGCGAAGGCCCCUGGACCGUAUCCUAUCGUAACAGGGACGUUGAUGCUACCUUGGAGACGACAAUUACCAACCCGAACGGAUACAUUCCGGUCAAAUAUCAGGGUAUUUACGAAAUCAUUGAUGUCUCGGAUAGGCAAUGUCGUGGAUCCGUGGACCCUGAUGCGUCCACUUUCCAGGUUGGAUGGGAGCCUCGUCCGGAUAUUUCUCUGGCUGUUUCUCGUUCUAUUUCGGGCGAGGGCAGGGUCUUCAUCAAGAAGGACGUUUGCGAGGGUGAUAUUGACGGAACGGAUAUUAACCUUAGUGGACGUGCUCCUUUCCAUGUGGAAUACGAAGUCCGCCACACAGCUCCAACUGGAAGCGGUACAUCGAUCCAAAACAAGAAGCUGGAUGUCGCCCAAUUUAAGGCAUCCAUUCCCCUGGACACUUCGAAGCCCGGCACCUAUGUAUACCGCUUCCACUCGUUGGCAGAUAAUCUCUACAACAGCGACAGGAAUUUCAGCCCAUUGGUGCUCAAGCAAGUGGUCAAUGCCAAACCCACCGCAUCCUUUGUCAAACCCGGAUCGUCAUUCAAGUACUGCAUGGCGGAGCAAGAGAAGGAAGACGUUAUCCCCAUCACCCUUACCGGUCAGGCUCCGUUCUACGUUGAGUUGGAAAUCAAGCACCAUAGCGGAGUUACGCCCGAGACGUUCACCAUCCCAUCCAUCGAAUCCAACUCGUACGGCAUCCAGAUUCCUCGCCGCCAUCUCAGGCUCGGCACGCAACAAGUCAGGAUUCGAACCGUGAGGGAUUCCCGCGGCUGCCAGCAGACGUACGAUCACGGCGGCCCCUCUGUCCAGGUCCAUCUCUACGACGCGCCCGCCAUCUACCCUCUCGAUACCCGAACCGACUACUGCGUCGGCGAGCGCAUCGCGUUCACGCUUUCGGGCACGCCUCCGUUCGAGAUUACGUAUGACUUCGGCGGUAAGAGGAUCGCCAAGAGUCCGACAACCAACUUUAGGCGUAUCGCCGAGAGCCCCGGCAUAUUCACGGUCACCAGCGUCUCGGACAAGGCGAGCGAAUGCCACGCCGCCGUCAACAUCACCAAGACCAUCCACCCCUUGCCCAGUGUCCGCAUCAGCCGCGGCAAGCAAGUUCAGGUCGACAUCCACGAGGGAACCGAAGUUGAUAUCCUGUUUGAGUUCUGGGGAACACCGCCCUUCGAAUUUACGUAUACUCGAAGCUCAAAUGCCAGGAAGGGACAUCCUAGCACGGUGCUGGAGACGAGGCACGAUAUUUCGUACGACGCGACCAAGAUUGUGCGGGCCUCCCUUGAGGGCACGUACGAAGUUGUGGCGAUCAAGGAUAAGUACUGUGCCUUUUCGAACCAGCAGGUUGAGAGGAAGGAUGAUAAGAAGUUGCUCAAAUAUUGA